CAAUAUCCACAUGCGUCUAUACAUACAGCUAUACACACACACACACUCCCCACAUAAAUUCUCUCAGGAUCAGAAAAGGGUCACUGUCAUUUCUGUUAAUCCCCCGGUUUAGCUCUCUCUUAUGCUCUAAGCAUUAGCCCUUCCCCACUCUACCUUCCCUGCAUUCAAUUCUUUUUUCCACUUAUUGUGUUUCUUCUUUUUCUUUUCGGGUGAAGAUAAAUCUUGGGAGAAAAUGGCAUUUAAUUAUGGAUUUUCUGUAAUAUAAUCGGAUUUGGGUUUUGGGUUCUCUUUCUUGGAUUUGUUUGCACGAAAUCUUGCAACGGAAGAACCCUUUUGAUUUUUUUCGCUUAAGAUAUAGUUAAAUUGCCUUUUGGUCUUUCUUGGAUUUGUUAAUGGGGAACUGUUUCGGGACUGCGAAGAAAUCGGCGGCGGAAAUCGCGCCGUCGGAGAUGAUAAAGUCGCAGCCGGCGGUGAAGCUCUACGGCCCGCCGAACAGCUUCGCGACCUCGCACAUCCGGUUGGCUAUCCUCUACAAGCCCGUCACUCUCCACUUUGUGCCCUCCGAUGCGCACCAGAACCCGACUCUCAUCUACAAAUCCGACGUCGUUUCCGGCUCCGUCGAGGACAUACUCCGUUACUUGGACACCAAGUUCCCGGACCCGCCGUUGACUGUCACCAACAACACCACUAAUAGCAUCUGGGGUUGGUGCGGCGAGACGACGCCGUUGGUGGUGUGGGUGGUGGUGCUGCAGCACCGGAGCAUGAACUGGCAUUUGGAGAGGAUGGUGAAGUGGGCGGAGGACAUGGUGGCGCGUGGCGGGAGCGUGAGGGGGGAUCCGUCGAUGGGCAGCCCGCGAAUGGAGGUGAAGAAGUUUGGGAAGAGCUACUCGCAGCUGCUGCAGGUGAUGCUGGAGCACGCGCAGAUGGAGGAGACGGUUCUCUUUCAGAUCCUCGAAUCCGCUGAUCGAGGAUUGUGCAAAUCUGCAAACGAGGAACACGCAAAGCACCUACCGAUAAUGAAUGGCAUCAAGGAAGAGAUAAAGAUCAUAGGAGUUAUGAAUCCUGGGAGCCCUGAUUACCAAGAGGCCCUUGUCAACCUUUCAUCCCGGCUCAAAAGAUUAAAGGAAAACUGCAAACAGCACUUCGAAGAGGAGGAAAAAGAGCUACUGCCACUGAUGGAGGCCACAGAGUUAAAUAAACCACAGCAAGCGAAAGUACUGCAGCAAUCGUUGGAUGUGAUGCGCGAGACACACUCCCACUUGUUUCGCUUUUUCAUGGAAGGCCUACGACCUCAUGAUGCUAUGCAGUACUUUGAUUUCAUCAAGAGAUACUGUGACAAUGUCCGAGUAUCACUUAUGCUACACAUGAUGGUUGAUCAAUAAACCAAGCUUGUGGCUUUGCUUGGCAGUUGGUGCAAAAUUGACAAGCAACCGUUGGUUUUUGCAUUUAGGCUUGUGCAAAUGGAACAGGUGAACGUGUGUUUCUGCUUUUUCGUGUUUCUCAGUGUGCGUGGUCCAUGGUUACCAUCAAGUUCAGACUGUAUUGUUUAGUGAUUUUACUCUUUCUUGCUUAGGCGCAGGCAAAAGAUUGAAAGUGUAGAAAUUUCACCUGCUACAAGGCAGCCCUGUUUGUAAAUUCACUAAAUUGUGAAAGUAUUAGCGUAGAGAUUGUAUUGAUUGACAUAAUCUUUGAAGAAGGAGAGUUGUUGAUUUUAACCCAAUUUUUAUGUAUAUAUGAGUUGUGGUGAAUGUAGAUGCAUAGUUUAAGCAUCAGGUUCCCCUCUUUUCCUUUUCAA